AUGUCUCCUGUGAUAGCAGCGAUUGCUUUUAUUCUCCUUGGAUACAUCUUGAGAAGACAUUCCUAUCGCAUCGAUGCGCGUCAGAAACGCCCUCCCAGUCUCGCCCCAUUGCCAAAAAUCGACAGUCUCCACCUCCUCCGCCACCUCCAGCACCGCGCCCUCCAAAAUAUGGCCAAAACCUACGGGCCCAUCAUGUCCUUGCGGCCAGGCAGCGUUGAAACCAUCGUCAUUUCCACUGGAGGAGCCGCGGUGGCUUUUCUCAAGACGCACAACGCCGUCUUUGCGAGCCGGGCCAAAACGCAAGCCUACGAGCAACUCUCCUACGGCGGUAAGGGUGUGUUCACAAAGUACAACGCGUAUAGGCGCAACAUUAGGAAGUUGUGCACCAUGCAGCUCCUUAGCGCCUCGAAAACUGAGUCGUUCGGAUACAUACAGAAGGAGGAGCUAGGGUUUUUGGUGAAGUCACCCAAGGACGAUACUGGAGAAGUUGUGAACGUGAGUAAAAAAGUGUUGGAGAUGAUUGUUAGAGAUCAUCACCAGCCCAAAUACACAAGCCCGAAAUAA